CUUACUGGACCGCUGCUUACGCUUCCGGGAAGAAAGCGCGUGACGCUCGCCACGAUAAGUAGGUGAGAAAAAACCUUUACUACGAUUUUAGCAUCGUCGCGCGCAAAUGAGGCUUUUGUUCCGUUUCCUUCUGCCGAAUAAACCGGGUCCAGAAAUGUUCUGAGUUGUGAGGAAAAAGUCACUGCGCCCUCGACCGAUAAAGGUUUAGUCGGAGUCGCGCGAUCAACCGGAAGGACGUCCCACGCGCCGUCUCGCGGAACCGAGGCCGACUAGCGUCACAGUUCGAGAUGUCAUACUCUUCGCGGAGUUCCCUUGACUGUAAGGUCUAUGUUGGUGACCUGGGCAACGGUGCUGCCAAGGGUGAACUAGAGAGAGCGUUCAGCUACUAUGGGCCCCUGCGCAGCGUGUGGGUAGCACGCAACCCACCUGGCUUUGCUUUCGUCGAGUACGAAGACUCCAGAGAUGCAGAGGAUGCUGUGAAAGGAAUGGAUGGAAAAGUGCUGUGUGGGACCCGCAUCCGUGUGGAGAUGUCAAACGGAAUGUCACGGAAGUCCCGCUUUGGGCGGCCCAGCCGACGACAGUUCGAUCCCAAUGACCGUUGCUACCAGUGUGGAGAGAUGGGACACUAUGCCUACGACUGCUAUCGCUACAGCAAGAGAGGCAGUCGACGCAGCAGGUCCCGCUCUCGUUCCAGAUCCCGUGGACGGCGCUACCACUCCCGCAGCCGUAGCAAUGAAAGAAGGUACCGUUCCCCAUCAUACUCCAGACGAAGGAGCCGAUCGGCGUCUGCUGGCCGCUCCAGAUCCAGAACCCCAGUUCGCCGCUCUCGCUCACCUGUGCGCCGGUCCAGAAGUCCAGCCAGGAGGUCCAGAACACCAGUCCGCAGGAGGAGUCGCUCUCGUUCCCGCUCUCGUUCCCGCUCUGGUUCCAGACAGAAAGCACGUAGUGCUUCCCGGUCCAGAUCCAGGUCCAGAUCCCGCUCUCGUUCCCACAGCAACAAAAAAGACAGCCGUUCUAGGUCCGCGAGUCCGAGAGAGAGUCCACCAAGAGUCGCUGACUGAUCUGAAGUGCUGACCUCAUCUUCACAUGUCUCUGUUCAUCUCCAUUCUCACCUCAUUGUGCAUUGGUGCUUGAGGUGCAUCUUAACCCCGCCCCAAAUAAAACAAUAGUGCCCUCUGCUGGCCUCUCCUUCAGCUGUAGUGUUAGUUUCAUUAUGAAUUUGGUUGUUUUAAUAUUAGUUUCAUUGGAGUGUCUCUACACCCCCCCCCCCCCCCAGUGGUUUUCUACUGCCAUUUUUAAGCCACGCAUCAUUCUCUUUAAAACAUUAAUGUUUUAAAUAAUUUUAAACUUUUUUUAGUUUCUGUUCCAAUACUGUAUUAUGAUUUUAGGCUACUGGAACAGUCAGCUGAGCUGUGAAGGUUCAGUUUAUCAAAUAGGAUGAAUGAGCUAUGAUUGGUUGAAGCUAUGCUGAAAGUAAAUAGCCAUCCACUGCCCUUUGGAUAUUUUUUUUUUUUUUUUUUAAUGCAUUGAGUCUUUCCACACUGUUUUGUUGCUCAAGCCGAAGAUGCUUAUUGGAAUUGGACAGUUUUCCAAUAAAUACUAUGAAUGUCAUGUACCCUUCUGAUUUUUUCACAGUAAAUGUCUCCAAGUCACCAUCUUUUUCUUCAGGCAUCUGUGGAAAUGGUUCUAAAGCAAUUUAGCAGGACAAUGUUUGCGCCCCAAACGGUUACCCAUGUACAGCUCCAUAAUGCUUCAACGGCAUCAGAACCAUCAUACAAUAAAUGCAUAUUAAAGGGCUCAUGAGUGCACAUGUUAGAGCUCUUGUACAUUUUUUAAAUAAAAUACACACAAGUUACUUUUA